GUUGUGUCCCGGCAUCUGGUGGCACUGUCGAUCCGGGCAUCAUUUCCUCUCCUAUGGUUAAGUUGAUUGAAACUUUUGCUGUUUUUUGCAAGUCUCAGAGAGCUGCUUAUAGGGAGAAGGUGUUAAUUGAAGCAGAGAAACAAUUUCUGCAUGAUUUCACUUUUUUCAAGGAAAAGUUAUUAGUUGAUUUUGGCCAAAUAGUGGAUGUCGAAUGCAUUGAUAGUACUUGCCAAGUUCUGUGUGACAAGGUCAGGGGUUGUUGUUCAAUUUGCAAGUCAAGAUGUACUGAAGCUAUCAUCGAUUCUCUAAAAAUUUUGGCUGAAGCAAUGACUAUUAAGCAUCAGAAGUUUUUGAAUUCCAACAACCUUCUGGCGAAAGAUAUGGAUAUUAAGUCAGAUGAGAAAGCUACCAAAAUUGAUACUAAUGUGCAGCCAGUUGAUGUUAAGUCGAAUGAGAAAGGGGCUGGUGUGGGCAUUGUUGAGGCUUCUCAUGGAAAAGCUCAUGUGGUUAUUACAAAUCCCCUGAUAACAGUGCCCAUACAGUUGGAGACACCAAUCGUUAAUAGGCUGGAUGGAAAUAAUGGAACAUCUUUGAAUCCACCAGUGGAUGAUGAAAGUGAUCACAAUGGAAGGGGCAGAAAUACUGCAGCUGCUAUAUGUCCACACGAGCCAGCUGGUGUUCCAAUUGGGCUAGGCCAACUUGCUCCUCCUAUAGCCACCCAUGUCGUUUAUGGUGCAACAUCAGCAGCGGCAACAGGUUGUGUUAACAAUGAUGUUUAUAGUGGUGUUGCUUCUGUGGUGUUGUCUCAGAAUCCAAAGGCACAUGCUGCUGGUGCAUUUUUAGUAGGGAAUGAUAAUAUAUAUGAGCCUACACUAGCAUUGAAUUAUUCAAAGUUAAACUCAACUGAAAGACAUAGGAACUCCGGAGGAAUAAGUGGCAAAAAGGAAGAAGUUAUUGUCAUUGCUGAUGAUGUAGGGGCUGAUCAUGAGGUUCAAACUGUUGCUGUUAAUAUGGUUGGCGCUAAUUUACAUGGUAGUAGUAGAUCCAAAUCAGCAGCUGCAGUUGAUCAGAUGUACAAUGAUAUGAACAUAUUCAACGUAGAGUCAGAAGCUGGGGGAUUCUUUUUGGGAAAUCAACUAGAAGUUGGAAAUGUAGUCAGGAAUGAUGUUGUUUGGUCGCAGUUCGGUUUUCCAAAACCACCACUGUAA